UUAGGAGAGAACACAAGGGGGGGAAAGCACCACAGAGUUUCUUUUGUAAUGGAAGUGGGAUUAAAGCAUCAAGUGACCGGUUGUGGCUCCCAAGUGGGUUUCAGGCUUCUUAGAGCACUGUGUCACUGUCAGGUCCAAUCACCCACAAGCCACAGAGGUGGGAAGAGGUGGAGCGUGGAGUGUGCCGACAAAGAACCCCACCAGGACACAUGCAAGGCCAAGAGCAUCAAGUCCCAGGUGCAAAGCCAGACCCAGUUUCCACCUUGUGAUGACAGUGACAUACACAUACCGUGUGGCUGAUGCACGCCUGGGCACUUUCUCCCAGCUCCUGCUCCAAUGGAAAGGAAGCAUCUACAAGCUCCUCUACUGCGAAUUCUUCAUCUUCGUCUCUUUCUACUUUGGCAUCAGCCUUGUCUACAGGUUGAUUCUGAAUGAGAGUCAAAGGCUGAUGUUUGAGAAACUGGCUCUGUACUGCAAUAGUUAUGCUGAACUGAUACCUGUAUCCUUUGUGCUUGGCUUUUAUGUUACCUUAGUGGUGUCCCGCUGGUGGGGGCAGUACGAGAGCAUCCCAUGGCCUGACCGCAUUAUGAACCUGGUGUCCAGCAGUGUGGAUGGGAAGGACGAGUACGGGCGCCUCCUGCGGCGCACACUGAUGCGCUACAUCAAUCUGUUGACUGUGCUCAUCCUGCGCUCUGUCAGCACUGCUGUCUUCAAGCGGUUUCCCAGCAUAGACCAUAUUGUAACAGCAGGCCUGAUGACUCCAGAAGAACACAAGAAGUUUGAUAGUGUGAACUCACCCCAUAACAAGUUCUGGAUUCCCUGCGUGUGGUUCUCAAAUCUGGCAGUGAAGGCCCGUAAUGAUGGCCGGAUUCGUGACAGUGUGCUGCUCCAAGGCAUCCUAAAUGAAAUGAACACUCUGCGCAGUCAGUGUGGCCGACUCUAUGGGUACGAUUGGAUCAGUAUUCCUUUAGUCUAUACCCAGGUGGUCACAGUAGCUGUUUACAGCUUCUUCCUGGCUUGCUUAAUUGGACGGCAAUUCCUGGAUCCUGAAAAGGGGUAUCAUGGCCAUGAGAUGGACCUCUACAUACCAGUCUUCACCUUUCUGCAGUUUUUCUUCUAUGCAGGCUGGCUAAAGGUAGCUGAGCAGCUCAUCAAUCCCUUCGGAGAGGAUGAUGACGACUUUGAAACCAACUGGCUCAUUGACAGGAAUCUUCAGGUCUCCCUCAUGGCUGUGGAUGAAAUGCACCAGGAUUUGCCCAACCUGCAGAAGGAUCCAUACUGGAAUGAGUCAGAUCCACAGCCACCCUAUACAGCAGCAACAGCAGACUAUAAGCGGCCAUCUUUCCUUGGCUCAACCUUUGACAUCAGUAUGCAGAAAGAAGAUAUGGAAUUCCAACCCCUGGAGCAGAUUAAAGAGAACGAGGAAGCAAAUCACUCAACACCAUUACUUGGCCACAUUGGCCGCUUUCUGAAUGUUCAGUCCCCCAGUUUCUCCAGGUCAUCAAGAAUGAACCUGCUGCGUCGGAGAAAUGAAAACACGCCUCCUUCCCCUUACUAUGCCUACCCAGAUAUGGGGAAAUCUGGGAGUCCCACCAGUUUUAACCAGCAAAGGGGAGAUUGCUCCCCACCUGGCUUCAUUUCCCAGGAUCAAUGGGACAACGCAGCCAGUAAGCUGAGAGAGUUUGAUGCCUUCAUGUCUACCCCAUUCUAUGAGAGACCUGGUUUCUAUAGUGCUCCUCAAACACCUAUCAGCUCCAUCCCAAUGAUCUUCCCAUCCAGGCGUCAAGGCCGCAAGAAACCUCCUGCUCUUUCUAGUAUUGCUUCCUUGAGAGACAACCCUGCCAAUCAAUCUCCUUGCAGAGCCAGUGAUUACGACAAAAGUGAGAACUCCCUUGAUUCAGGAGGCAGAGAAACCUUUGUUUGGCCAGCAGGAAAGAACCAGGCUUCAGACUCCCUGGCAGUGACCAUUGAAGGGGAGGCACAAAAUAUAACCAACAGGUCAAAAGAGGCUUUGCCUCUUGGAAGCCCAGGAGGUGUCUCCUUGGUGAACUCGGCAAGCCCCAAAUACUCUUUCUUUGCCGAGUCCCCCAGUUCUGAGAUGCAGACCAAUACUAAGGGUUUGAAUGACAUGAGAGGUCCUCGACAGCCCCGACGGACUCCAGACAGCACAGGAACACCAAACUCAGACCACACCAAUUUCCUUCAUAACUAUGGCAUCAGGACCCCUAACAGCAAUGGCCCAACUACUUUCUUUUCAUUCACACCACUGACCUCCCCAGUGCUCGAGAGAGCCCAGCUGGGCAAAACAAACGCUGGUCCGGGCCCUGAGUCUUCUCCUGGAUUAAGGGAGCAGGAUUCUCCUGUGGUUCCUGGGGCCAUGAGAGACAUAGGAAACGGAGGUGCCACUGCUUCUUACCACACCAAGGAUCAGAGGAAGGCAGCCAGCUCUUCGCCCAAUGACUCUGGUAUCUCUCUAGCAGAAGGGGACUUUGUGGGCCUAAUGGAAGUGAUCAUGGAAACCAGUGAGAAUACAGCCGAUGAAGGGAAUGGAAACAAGGACAACUGAAUGCACUGGGCUGUCUUUCCUCAUUGGGGAAAUGGGUGGGGUUUUUUAAACGAUUCCUUGGUGCUCUGCCUUUUAGAGGCACCAGAAUCGUUAUGAACUACAAAACAACUGAGAAUACCUGCUUCUUAAUCUGAACUCCUUCCAUAAAUACAUGUGUGCUUCCAUUAACAAUCAUCUUAAGAGCUAUUCAUGGUACUUCAGCCUCACAAAGGUAGGAGGAAAAGGUCUAAUCGUUUAAUACAUUGUUUUGCUAUUUGAAUAUACCAAUGACCAGAACUGCAUUACCAGUGCUGGGGACCUUGUUUUUGGCAUGGAUUAAGGGCCAAACUGAAUGAUUAAUUCCACAACCAUGCCAAGGAUUUUCACUCCACGCCUCACUCAGCCAACCUACAUCUGAACUUUUGAACUGGGCUGGGAAGCAAACUGGGUUGAAUGCUUCAAGCAAGAUCUUACCACCACAUAACGACAAGACUGCCACACUAGAGGAGAUGAAUGUAAUGAAUCAGAUUGGAACAUGAUCAGCCAGUUUCAUCUGUCUCCAGGGCACAUCAGUCUUUACUUCCUGCAGCACAGAGACCAUAUCUCACAUUCCCAACCUGUUGCAAUGCCAGAUGAAGAGUGCCUUUAAAGGAAACCCAAAUCAUGUUGGAUGUAGGUGCCUUUCUGUGACCAACUGGAAAGCGUCAAUUCAGCACUGAAUAUCCUCACUUCUAUUGUAUGGACAUCCAUAGGAUCCUAAGGGUAAAAGACAAAAUGGAAUCUCCUCCUAUAUAGUAUUUGCUACAGAUGAUAGGAGCAAGGAUCAAUCUCAAAAGCUUAUCUUUGGCCCUGAAAGACCAGUCCCAUAACCUACCUGACUGCAUGAAAGAGAUGUUGGGAUGGCAGGAGAUAGCCUUAACUGAGCAAUCCUUUUUUGACUAGCAAUUUGAGAAAUAUAUAGAUGAUUUUUUGGGGUACCCAAGUGAAGUAUGAUUCCAGUUUUAAGACUGAAGGCGAAAUGUGCCAUUUCUUGAAGCUCUUUUCUGUAUUUAUUACAAAUAAAUGGGUAGGAAGUUUUAA